CAGUCUCACCAUUUCAGUUUUCGGUUGCUUGACUUGCUGCAAUGGAGUCCGAGUUGGAAGUUGAAGAAAAACAAUGGGGACCCAUAGUUGCAGACAAAGUGUUUUCACUCUAUAGCUCACUUACAAAGAAGGGGAAGCCUCAGGGACGUGAAGUCUCCGUUUUGGCUGCUUUUCUUCUCUCAUCUCCCUCUCAAGAUAUGGAAGUGGUUGCAUUAGGCACAGGAACGAAAUGCAUAGGGCGCUCUCGAUUAACCCAUCGCGGUGACAUUGUGAAUGAUUCCCAUGCUGAAAUUAUUGCUCGCAGGGCUUUGUUAAGGUUCUUAUAUGGGAAGAUUCAACGCCUUAAUAACAACUCGAAUAAAGAAGAACAAAAUGGCACAUCAGAGCUGCAAACCGGUUGCCUUGAACACUCGGUUUGCCAGUUGGAAUCGGGUGGUUCUGGUGAAAUAAAAUAUAAACUCCGAGCAGGGUGGAAAUUUCAUUUGUACAUAUCUCAGAUGCCAUGUGGGGAUGCUUCACUUAGUUCGGCACCAUCUUCAAUUAAAGAGCAUGGAGAUAGCUCACAACUAAUUGGCUUGGUUCAGAGGAAGCCUGGUCGAGGCGAUACAACAUUGUCAGUUAGCUGCUCUGACAAAAUAGCUCGUUGGAAUGUUGUUGGAGUUCAAGGGGCUCUGCUUUCAUACUUUCUUCAACCUGUUUACCUCCAUUCUAUUACUGUCGGAAGAUCCCCUUAUGUUUCUGAGGAUAUUUGGCUGGUGAAACAAUUGAAAAGAUCCUUGUAUGAUCGGGUCAUACCAUUUUCAAAUGAGCUUGUAAAGCCUUUUCAAGUUAACAAGCCAAUAUUUUGCGCUGCACCAGUACCCCCAAAGGAGUUUCAGCAUUCUGAGACAGCUCAAGCCACCUUAACUUGCGGGUAUUCAAUAUGUUGGAAUAAGUCUGGUCUGCAUGAAGUUGUUCUUGGAACUACUGGUCGAAAGCAAGGCACGUCCUCUAAAGGGGCAGUUUAUCCAUCUACUGAAUCAUUGUUGUGCAAGAAGUGGAUUUUGGAAACUUUCUUGUCACUAAGGGAUGAAUGCAAAACCGAAUGCUCAUUCAGUGAGGUCUCUUAUCGAGAAUUCAAGGACAGGGCCGAAGAAUAUACCUUAGCUUCCAAAGUUUUCAAGGGGAGACCUCCUUUUCAGAAUUGGCUAACAAAACCCUUAAACUUGGAGAAUUUCUCAAUGAUCGGUAAUGAGGGCAACCAUCCCUCCUCCAAGUCAUGUGACUUUCCAGGGUGAUCAAUUGGUUAAUUGGUUCAAGCGAGUCCAUAGAAUUGGAUAUGGAAGAGAAUACAUGCCCCGAUCAGAGCCGUCAGAUAUUUAUGUUUUGUCGUAAUUGUUGCUAACCCUUUUUCA